AUGGCUGAUUUGUGUUUUAUUUGGGGUACAGUUUCCGUGCGGCGCUUCAAUGUUACGGUUGUGUCCUCUGUGUCUGAGGGGACAUCGGGGGGCUCAGUGUCCCCCGUGCCCAGACACAGAGGUCAACCUUUUGCAAGCAUCCCCGAAGACCACGCUUUAGACGACGACCCAGUAAAAAACCAAAACAAUCUUCUUCAGCAAAAGAGCCUAUCAACCAGCAGCAGAUGUGCCUCACCGGCUCCAUCGUGGGAUUUCAGCUUGGAGGACAGCGAUUCGGUAAAUAUAACUAAUAUAUAA